GUGAAAGCAAAUAAAAGGAUUAUUGGUUGAAAAGUUGUCGCCUUCAAGCAUUUGCCUUCUGGACAAGAAAUUACAUUGCAGUAAGAGUAAACUGUUCAGUAACCAGUAACAACACCGUCACAAUGGCAAGCAGAAUACCCUCCCCUGCCGAUGAAACGCCAAAGCUCACCGAGUACAACCUAUCCGCCCGACAGGCCGGCAUGGGCAAGCUGCCCAAGUUUUCCGGCACACCCGAAGAUUGGCCCCUGUUCUACGGACUGUUCCGCUACUCGACCAAAGCGUGUGGCUUUACCGACUGCGAGAAUAUGCUGCGCCUGCACGAACACCUUACCGGCGAGGCGAAACAGUCGGUGCGAGAACUGCUCAUCUUUCCGGCCACCCUGGAGGAGGCGAUCAAAGCGCUGAAGCAACGGUUCGGCCGACCGGAGCUGCUCGUGGGCAGUUUGCUGGAGCGACUACGCCAGCUGCCCGCCCCGAAGGAAGACCAGCCGCGGACGGUUAUGAACUUUGGCUUUGCCGUGUCGGACACUUGUCGUGCGAUAAAGUCGCUCGGGCGCCGUGAAUAUCUGAACGACUAUCAGCUGAAGCAGGAUCUGGUCCGGAAGCUGCCGCCCACGAACCAGCUGCAGUGGUUCCGGUUUGUGGGAGCGAGAACGCUGUUUCACGCGACGCUGGAUCAUCUGAGCGAGUUUCUGCGGCUGAUCGCGUUAGAUAUUAGUGAGCUGGAGCCGUACCGACCGAAACCUAGCAAGCGCAAUGGAGGAGGGAAAAAGAAGUCUAAUCGAAAUGGUAAUGGCGAUUAGAAGGAAAAGCGGGACAUUUGAUUGAAAUCACGCCGUAAGGUAACAUGUUAUGAGGUUUUGAGGUGGUUUUAAGCCGCAUUUUUACGAUCACGAGAAGGAAUUGAAACGAACGGUUUGUUAUCGUUUGCCAGCUAGUUGAACUUAAUUUUAUAUGCAUUCCCACAUACUGUGAAUUGAGUUUACGCGGAUGUGUGUAAACCCCGUAUGAGAAUAAAACGAAGUAUACGAACUCAUA